UGGCACCACCUGUUUGUGCUUCUUACUUCCAGACUGAAACUUGGGUAGUAGUCCAAAGCAGCAGAAGCAGUUGAUCAUGGAAGACUACCCACAAAGCCUUAUCCAUGGCCUUGGCUUGAAGGGCAUGGCCUUAGAUAAGAAGGGCACCUCACAAACUGCUGCAGGUGGUCAUGGUUGCAGAAACGCUCAAGUGGUGCUGCAGAUUGUGAGGAGGAGGAUGAUGGAGAAGCAGAGGAAGAAGAGAAGGGCUCAUGGGGCCAUUAGAGGUAGCAGGAGACCCAAGAUUAUGAUGCAGAGGAAGGCUGUUCUAGAAGGGUCUACAAGGCCUUUGAACAGUUUGGAAGGGAGCUUGGAUGCUCUGCAGAGGCUUGUUCCAAACGGUGAGUGCAUGGAGUUGGAUACUUUGUUUAGUGAAGCAGCUGAUUACAUUGUGGGUUUACAGACGACAGUCAAAGUAAUGCAGAUCAUGGUUAGGUCCUUCUCUAAUCAUUUUCACAGUAUGACAGAAGAUCAGUAGCUCACAUACUGCUGAAACUCUCUAUCCCCCAUCUCCUACGAUGUAUUAUUUGUGGAAAAUAAAGUAGCUAGCAUUUGUAACCCAGUUCAGGUAUUGUUUAUUG